CAGCCUUUCAUUGUGGCAGUCUGUUGAAUUGGAAACAGCCGGUUCUGUUCUCUCGCCUCUCACAUAUACUCCACUUAUUACUGUUAGGAAGCACCGAUUAUAUGCCGUGAACGGCGAAUAUUCGGGUCUUCAAAUGUAAUGAAGACUCCAUGGCAAGCACACUGCUGCUUGCUGUUGGCUAGACGGAGAUUAUGUUCAGUACAUGGGUCCGGCUCGACAUACGGUCAACGGCACUUCAUCGCGAACGCCACCCAGUCUCUCAAACAUCGACAAUGGAAUCCACCGCUUAUUCCUCUGCUUCAUCUUCUUUCUCUGCGCAUGUUGCGACUCGGAAACUGGUUUUUCAAGCUAUACAGCCGAGAAUCACGCCCAGUCGUCCGAUGGAUGUUCUCAUUUCGAUGGAAAAGAUCACAUCUAUCGUCCUGGUCAGACCGUUCAAGCUGCUUGGUCGAAUUCUCUGUCACGUCGACGUUCAUUAACAUCAGCCCAUCCGAAUGGUGCACCCUUGCAGAUGUCCAAGUGAGCUACAGAUCAAACUCCAGCUGCUUAAAUAUAGGGGUCUUUAUACUGGGAUAUGGCACAUUCUGGACCCAUACUAUGUCAUCACGAGUGCCGCAUCUGGGCACUUGGAUGAGACGGCUGAUUGAGUACUUCGAUCUCUUGUCGUCCGUUCAACGCAGCUACGGCUGCCAUGCAUAUACCUUUCUGACGUGAGAUCGCAAAGAUGUGUCGAUAUCAGCAGGUUUGAGAUAAAGAAAGCUGCACUAGCGGAUUUAUACAUCUCAGCGUCGGGAGGUAGCAAUGCCACCACUGCAAAGCUCGGACUUGCCGCGCAGUCGAGCCAUCCCGCUUA